AUGGAGUUCCAUGUACCAACAACUUCAUGGAACAAGAGCGUUGAUUGCUGUUCUUGGGAGGGUGUCAAGUGUGAUACCGUCAUGGGAGAGGUGAUAUUUCUAGAACUCCGUUACUGUAAUGCCAACACCUCUUUGAAAUCUAAUGGUGGUCUUUUUAAACUCCAACAUCUUCGUCACCUAGAUCUUUCACUUUGCCAUCUCCAAGGGGAGAUUCCUUCCGCCUUUGGAAAUCUUUCUCAUCUCACACAUCUUGAUCUUUUUGGUAAUGAAUUAGUAGGUGAAGUUCCGACUUCAGUCGGUAGCCUAAGCCAACUACGAUAUGUUAGUCUUUCGGGUAAUAAGUUGAGAGGUGAUAUUCCUAAGUCAUUUGCCAACUUAACAAAGCUUUCUAAUUUUUAUCUCUAUAGAAAUCAAUUCACUGGUGGGGAGAUAGUAUUAGCCAAUUUAACCAGGUUGUCCCAUAUAGACCUCUCAUCCAAUCACUUCAAAUCAUCUAUUUCUGCUGACCUAAGUGGACUUCGCAACUUAGAGCAAUUUUUGGUGUGUAGCAAUUUAUUUUCCGGACCUUUUCCCUCAUUCUUGCUCAUGAUUCCUUCGUUAGUCGAUAUUGAUUUAAGCCAAAACCAAUUCGAGGGACCUAUUGAAUUUGGGAACACCUCCUCAUCAUCUAAGCUUAAAGUGCUAAAUGUUGGCGACAACAACUUUGAUGGGCUAAUCCCCGAAUCUGUAUCAAAAUUAGUCAAUGUCAUUCAUUUAUAUCUUAAGCAUAACAAUUUAGGAGGACUAGUCCCUAGUUCUUCUAUCCAGAAAUUACGCAAUCUAGAACGUUUAGAUCUUAGCCAUAACAAUUUCGGAGGACGAAUCCCUGGAUCUAUAUCUAAAUUAGUCAAUCUCCAAUUUUUAGAUCUUAGCUACAACAAUUUUGCAGGACGAGUCCCUAGAUCUUUAUCUAAGUUAGUCAACCUCAGUGAGCUAGAUCUUUCCUACAAUAAGUUAGAAGAUCAAGUACCUUGCUGUUUAUGGAGAUCACCUAAGAUGUAUUCUGUAAAGCUUUCCCAUAACUCUUUCACCAGCUUUGGAAACUCGGUGGAAGUUGUUGAUGGAAAAUCAUUAAGUUGGUUGGAUCUAGGUUCAAAUUUACUCCAAGGACCAGUUCCACAAUGGAUAUGCGAGUUUACAUAUUUAAAUAACUUAGAUUUGUCCAACAACCAUUUCUCUGGUUCCAUUCCUCAAUGUUUGGAGCGUUUCACUGUUCUUGAAAAACUAAAUCUUAGAAACAACAUUUUAAGUGGAUUUCUACCAGAUGUAUUUAUCAAAGGCUCUGCGUUACGAUCAAUCGAUGUCAGCCACAACAAUUUGGCGGGAAAACUUCCAAGAUCUUUGAUCAAGUGCGAGUGGAUGGAAUUUCUAAAUGUGAAAGAAAACAAGAUCAAGGACACGUUUCCAUUUUGGUUAGGCUCUCUCCAAUGUCUGAAUGUUCUCCUGCUCCGAUCAAAUGCAUUCUAUGGUCCGGUAUAUAACCCCUCUGCCUACUCAAGGUUUCCGGGUCUACGGAUCAUUGAUAUAUCUAAUAACCACUUCGUUGGAUCAUUACCACAAGACUAUUUUGCCAAUUGGACUACAAUGUCAUUGGUUUGGCAUGGUUACACCAGACCAGAGAUAAACUAUGUAGGUUCUUAUUCCCCUGUGUUUGAUUCGAUGGAUUUGGUUUACAAAGGAGUAGACACAGAUUUCGCUCGCAUCUUUCUUGGCUUCAAAGCUAUUGAUUUUUCUGGAAAUCGAUUCUCUGGACAUAUCCCUGAAUCCAUUGGUCUGUUUAGAGAACUUCGCCUUCUUAACUUGUCAGGCAACACAUUCACGGGCCACAUUCCACCAUCCUUGGCAAAUAUCACAAGUCUGGAGACGUUAGACCUAUCUCGAAAUAACUUGUCAGGUGAAAUUCCUCGAGGUCUUGGAAAACUCUCUUUUCUGUCCAACAUCAACUUCUCCUACAACCAUCUAGAAGGAUUAGUGCCACAGAGUACGCAGUUUGGUACUCAAAACUGUUCUUCAUUCAUGGGGAAUCCUGGACUCUAUGCCAUUGAGGAAAUUUGUAGAGAAAGCCAUCAUGUUCCCGGUCCUACGUCUGAGCAAACCGAGGAAUCUUUGUCCAUACCGGAAGAGCCAGUGCUGAAUUGGAUAGCAGCCGCGAUAUCAUUUGGACCUGGUGUGUUUUGUGGGUUUGUGAUUGGACAUAUCUUCACUUCAUACACACAAGAGUGGUUCACAGCUCGUUAA